UUGCAGACUGCAGACUGCAGUUAAUAAUGAAAUCUUUAUAAAUAAUUUGAAAUAGUUCGAACUCUCGCAUUAAUCAAGAAUAAUUUGUUUGUUACGAACCUUUUGGUGUAUGUAUAUAGUUAAAAAUGUCACAAAACAAUAGUGAAUGUGUCAAGAAAGAAGAAAUUGAGAAACACAAUGAGAAACUACUCAUGCCUUUCAAAUAUAUUCUUCAAGUGCCGGGAAAGCAGAUAAGACCAAAACUGACAGCUGCUUUCAAUUACUGGUUACAAGUGUGUCCUGAGAAGUUGAAGGCUAUUGGUGAAAUAAUACAAAUGCUACAUAACUCAAGUUUGCUACUGGACGAUGUUGAGGAUAAUUCCACGCUUCGAAGAGGGAUACCGGUUGCUCAUUCAAUAUAUGGAAUAGCCAGUACGAUAAACGCAGCGAACUAUGUUAUCAUCAUUGCGCUUGAGAAGACAUUGCAAUUGGGACACCCGCAAGCAACAACAGUGUACACGGAACAAUUGUUGGAGUUGCAUCGAGGUCAAGGACUAGAGAUAUACUGGCGGGACAACUUUAUAUGUCCCACUGAGGAGGAGUAUCGGGAUAUGACAAUAAAGAAGACAGGCGGGCUGUUCCUACUGGCAAUACGCUUAAUGCAACUGUUUAGUGACAACAACACCGACUUCACUAAACUAUCACAGAUAAUUGGCCUGUACUUCCAAAUCAGGGAUGACUAUAGCAAUUUGCGAUCACAAGAGUAUACUGAUAGUAAAUCGUUCUGCGAGGACUUAACGGAGGGCAAGUUUAGUUUCCCGAUCAUCCACGCAAUCAGAAGCAAACGUUACGACAAUCAAGUACUUCAUAUACUUCGCCAGCGAACCACUAAUGUGGAGGUGAAGCGGUACUGCAUCAAGCUGUUGGAGAAAUGUGGCAGCUUCCAGUACACGAGGGACACGCUGCAGGCGCUGGACCAAGAGGCGAGAGAAGAGAUAGCACAUUUGGGAGGGAAUAAAUACUUGGAGGAACUCCUCGACGAAAUGUUGAGCUGGCAGCGGGACAACAAGAGCGUGGAGUAAAUUGUAUAAUACGAAACUGUUGCGAAUUGAAGUUGUGAUAGACUUACUGUCCACACUGAAGUUGUAGUACAAUUAUAUAGAUAUCACAUUUAUCAAAUAAGGGCUCUUUUCUUGUUAUGCGUCUUAUGAUCCUGCGGGCGUGCGGGCACCUGCAUUCUAUUAUACAUUGUGCUUCUUAACGCGGAUAGGUUGCAAGUGGCAAAUUGUCUUGUCUGUGGCCAGGUUGUCGUAGUACACGCAUGGACGUGAAUGGACAUCCGCGUGACAGGGAAAGUGCCCCAUUGAUUAUAUUUCAUCACCAUGGCGGCUCAACCAAUCGUCGCUACCAAUAUCUCUAUAGAGAGUUUCUCAUCUGGAGUCCGUUUGGUUACGCAACCAAUUUUGCGGCGCGACCAGUUCGGACGCGUGCACAGUAUGUUACUGAUUGCGCCGCCACUCUGGUCGCGCCACCACUAAUUAUUAUAGAGGUGUAUGGUGUCUCACUUUCUCCUCUUUGCAUGCAACACGUGUGCACUGUUCUGUUUUGUUUUUUAAUUGCAUGCGAUGGACAAUCUCGAUACAGAAAGGUUUAUUAUCGAAAUUCAAAGUAAACCAUCAAUUUAGGAUAAUUCCUCAUCAGAUCAUUGGGAUAGAGAUUAUAAAUGAAAUGCUAAGUUUAAAUAAGGAUAUAAUUGUCCUCCACUGUUUAUUUUUCUUACAUACAGCUGUAGUGGUAUCUGUUCGAGGUCCAUUACUGUCUCAGUGAUGUGUGGCUACUCUGGUUGCGCCGCCAUGAUGUCCCAGUUAACGUUGGAUUCCGUUUAAAUUAAUCCUUUCUAUGAAUGUAUUUAUAUAACACAUGGGUGAAAAAAAAUUACUACAACUUCGGUGUGAACAUUUUAGCGCAACUUAUUGUUUAAAUUAAAUUAUCAGUCAUAUUUUUGGGUUACAAAUAUAGUUACCGUGCGUGGUGGUGUCUCAAUUUAUUGUUUCAGUGUUAAAAAUGUGUUUAUAGGUUAUGUAAAUAUUAUGUUCUUAUGUUUUUAGGAUGCAGGAUCAGAAAUAAUAAAGAAUUAUUUAAUUGUAUCGGUCGGUAUUUGUGGACGACUGAUUUUAAGAAUUAUUUCAAUUAGUUGUACUGUAUCUAUAAAAAGUUAUGAGAUCUGGCAUUGAAUAUGACGACAGUACCUCUGUGUACACGGUCUUAUACCUACAUGAAUGAGGGUCGGUAACCGAAUAAUAUGAUUUAUUAUAUAAUUAUGGAGGAUUUAAAUUAUAUUUUUUUUAUAUUACAUUUUGUAAUUGUUACUUUUACAUAUUCUUAUGAUAUGUUGACUUAAGUUUUUGUACUUAUACCAUUGUUAGCUUAAUUAGUACUAACGGUUAACUUAACUGUUUAAUGUGGUUCACUUUGUUAAGUAGAAAUAAUUAUUGUGAUGUUUUUUUUAUUGUAGAUCAUCGCGCCACGUAGAUAAGUAACGGCAAAUAAGUUGAAAAAUCUUAUUUUCAUUAUACUCUAAACGGUAAUGAAAUUUGUCUUUUGUAAUUUUAUACAACGUGGCGCUAUAAUGGCGAAUUACUAUUUGUUCGUUUUGUAUUUA